AUGACUUUAAAUCUUUGUGUACUGACCCCCAAUCGAAUUGUUUGGGAUUCAGAAGUGAAAGAAAUUAUUUUAUCUACUAAUAGUGGACAAAUUGGGGUAUUAAAAAAUCAUGCGCCUAUUGCCACAGCUUUAGAUAUAGGUAUUUUGAGAAUACGCCUUAACGACCGAUGUUUCGCUAGUUAUCAAAAUUCUAGCUAUUUGACGAAUGUCUCUAAGAGUAAUGAUCCUAAUGAUACUUGGAAUGAUCACAUUAAUGGUUGGAUGGAGAGUUAUCUUCGUUCUCAAAUCUGUUUUGAUAGUUCCAUUUUAGAUGAUAGUGAUUUUACUCAACAAAUAGAAAAUGAUAGUGAUUUUCCUGAAAUAGAAGAUUAUGAUUAUGAUAAUGGUAAUGAGUUUCCUGAAAUAGAAGAUUAUGAUUAUGAUAAUGGUAAUGAGUUUCCUGAAAUAGAAGAUUAUGAUUAUGAUUUUCCUGAAAUAGAAGAUUAUGAUUAUGAUAAUGGUAAUGAGUUUCCUGAAAUAGAAGAUUAUGAUUAUGAUUUUCCUGAAAUAGAAGAUUAUGAUUAUGAUAAUGGUAAUGAGUUUCCUGAAGUAGAAUCUGAGAGUGAUUUGACUCAAAUCGAAAAUGAUAAUGAUAGUGAUUUUAUUCAAAUAAAAAAGGAGUUUGUUCCAAUAGUAUAUGAUGAUAAUACUAGUCCUUUUGCACAAUUUGAUCAUUUAUGGGAUGUAUGCGAUACUUGCUAUGCACCAAAUUAUAAGGAAUUUUUGAAAUCCAAUUUGCAUAUUUGCGAAUGUUGUGGAGAUUAUUUGAAAAUGAGCAGUUCAGAUAGAAUCGAACUUUUGAUUGAUCCUGGUACUUGGAAUCCGAUGGAUGAAGACAUGGUUUCUCUGGAUCCCAUUGAAUUUGAUUCGGAAGAGGAAUUUCAUUCGGAAGAGGAAAUUGGAUUUUAUAUUGAAUCUGAUUUGAAAUUGGAACCGCUAAGGCCUAUGACUCGGCAAGAGGUAAAGGAAUUCAAUGCGUUAUUUAAUAUGAAUUUAAAAUAUAAAGGUUCGGACGAGGAAGAGGAAGAGGAAGAGGAAGAGGAAGAGAAAGAGGAAGAUAAAGAGAAAGAGGAAUGGGAAGAGGAAGAUGAACCUUAUCAAAAUCGUCUUGAUUCUCUUCAAGAAGAGACAGGAUUACCGGACGCGGUUGAAACAGGCACAGGUCAACUAAAUGGUAUUCCUGUAGCAAUAGGUAUUAUGGAUUUUCGGUUUCUGGGGGGUAGUAUGGGAUCCGUAGUGGGUGAGAAAAUCACUCGGUUGAUCGAAUAUGCUACCAAUCAACUUUUACCUCUUAUUAUAGUAUGUGCGUCUGGAGGAGCGCGUAUGCAAGAAGGAAGUAUCAGCUUAAUGCAAAUGGCUAAAAUUUCUUCUGCUUUAUAUAAUUAUCAAAUCAAUAAAAAGUUAUUCUAUGUAGCGAUACUUACAUCUCCUACUACUGGUGGGGUAAUAGCUAGUUUUGGGAUGUUGGGGGAUAUCGUUAUUGCCGAACCAAAUGCUUGCAUUGCAUUUGCGGGUAAAAGAGUAAUUGAAGAAACGUUAAAUUUAGAAGUGCCUGAAGGUUCCCAAUCGGCUGACUUUUUAUUUGAAAAGGGCUUAUUUGAUUCAAUUGUACCACGUAAUCUUUUAAAGGAGGUUUUAAGUGAGUUAUUUCAGUUCCAUGGUUUAUGUCCUUUGACUGAAAAUGAAAACUAAUGAAAACUAA